AAGUUUAACGAUUUAGGGUUUUUUUUUCCCAGUUAAGCUUUCACUGAAUUACUAUAUAUACGUUCAGUUAGGGCUGAAGAAAUCGGCAGACGGAACCGGCUGACUCUUCUGUUUCUGCAUCUCACUUCGACUUCUUGCAGCGCAGAUGGCGAACGUUCCGGGGCAGUUGGUCUGGGAAAUCGUUAAGAAGAACAGCUCUUUCCUCUUUAAAGAGUUUGGCAGAGGCAAUGCUAGUAUUCAAUUCAGCAAAGAGCCUAACAACCUCUACAAUCUCAACUCCUACAAGCAUUCCGGGCUGGCAAACCAAAAGACAGUGACCAUUCAGCCAGGAGGCAAGGAUUUGUCAGUAUUGCUCGCGACAACAAAGACGAAGAAGCAGAACAAACCCGCAAGUUUGCUCCACAAAUCCAUCAUGAGGAAGGAAUUUCCUCGUAUGGCCAAGGCUGUGACUAAUCAGGUGGCGGACAAUUACUACCGCCCGGACUUGAAGAAUGCCGCUCUUGCUAAGCUGAGUGCAGUUCACAGGAGCCUCAAGGUUGCAAAGUCAGGUGUCAAGAAGAGGAACAGGCAGGCUGUUAGGACCCGCGGUAGGAAGUGAAAACAAUGGUUCAUAAUGACAUGUUCUAUUUGAGUUUUUUUUUUUUUUUUUUUUUUUUAACCCUGUUUCCCAAUUUCUAAAGAGAUGCUUCUAUAGGGCUUUUCUUUAAUUUCAAACUUUUAUGUACCCUACUUGAAAAUUAAGAUUUUUGGCGAUUUUGGUUUAUAUUUGAGCACCUGCCCCUUUGGAUUUUUGUUCAUUUCAUGUAGUUUUAAAAGGAUUAUUUAUGAAAUAUUGAUACGAA